CCGGUGGGGGGAUGGGAGGAUGCCGUCCCGCAGAAGCGCACAGGCUGUUUGGGCUGGGGAAGCCCCGUGACCGCUGUCCCUGGGCUCGGUCGUGGUGGGGACGGGCCUGGCGCCGUGGGCACGGGCUUCCCGAGGCUCCAUCUGCUGCUCCACUAAGACCCGAGCUCUUGUCCGCGCAGCUGCGAUGUUGUUGCUCGGGGGUGAGGGGGACGCCACCGGGAAGGGAUAAAAGGCUCCCUGGAGAGUCCCAUGCUUUCAGGGAAUCUGGUGCAUCAUUUCCAGCACUUAGCUCACAACGGGUCAGAGCCUGGCGAAGAGACUGAGACUGUCCACUCUGGUCUGUUUGCUGUCGCGUCGCGGAGGGAGGGGGAGCCCGAGGAUUUCGUCGUCAGGUGGCCGCACGCCUCGGGAUCUGGGCCAUCGGCGAGCUUAACCACACCUCCCCGCUGCCGCGAGCCGUGCACGGCCUCUUGCGUGGCAGUGGUAGAAACUGCUGCGGAGGCGUCUCCCGGGUCCUCGCACACACGAUCUCACUGGACGUCCCGCCUCCCUCUGUCUCCCUGCUCUGCAGACGGGAACCGCAGGGCUGGGGAGGGUGACCUUCCCGGGGAAGCCCUCUCGCCGGCGAGGGGUCGGAAGCAGGCAGUCUCGCCCCGGCGCCCACGCGUGUGACCCCGCUGCGCCACGUGGAGCCUCCACGGCUGAUGCCGUGGCGGCAGCUACAGCUGCCGGGACGAUACAGGGAGGAAGGCGCGGCCUCCUGGCCAGGAGCCACCGGGUCCAGGAGGAAGGGUCCGCGGGCAGGUCCCCUCCCUUCCUGUCUCCUUCCGUCUCCGGACCCAGCGGCUGUGCCCUUGCCGGCCCACGGACACCUCUCCCUCGGGGUCCACACACUGAGUGUCCACUGAGCUCUAGCCGUGGGCGCCCCUGCUCUGCAGCCACGUGGGGGCCCUCGCCUGCACUGACAGCAGGUGUCUGAGCCGUGGUGGGGAGCCCUCGGGUCCGGCCUCAGUGUUUUGCCAAAAGAGCUUCUGGUUUACUCUUGGGUAGCUCACGUCGCGAAACCGUCCGGGUCAGUUUUGAUAGCUGUGGGGUGGCAGCUGUGGGCACUCGUUUUGAACUAGGAACAUUUCAGACACACACAGAGGUAGAGCACCUCACGCGCUCACCGUCAGCUCCAGCGAGAGGCGGCCGCGGCAGGCGGGUUCCCGCCAGCCUCCCAUCCUUCGUCUGUAUUUUCAGCAGGCAGCUCGUCGUGUUUUAAAAACGAAAGCCGUGAGUCUGAUACUCACAACUGAAAGCAUCAGGUUACUUUUCAUGUCGUCAGACCCCCGUCCUAAGCUCAGAUUUCCCCGACUGUCUGCCGGUUUUUCCGCAACUCCGAGACCGGCACCCAGGCCCCGCGUGGAGCGGCUGGCGCAUCUCUCCAGGCUCCUGUGUUGCCAGUUGUCUGCGUCUCUGCUCUUCGUGGAGGAAACCAGGUCAGCUCUGGCGGGGCCUCCGCCCUGGACCUUGCUCAGGGCGUCCCCGUGGACUCAACACGGGGCGCGCUCUGGGAGGACUCCCUCGGUGGCGGCUUCCCUGAGGUGGUUUCCGCCCUUGGCUGUCAUGGCUUCCAUCUGCCGUGCCCUGGACGUUCCAGAAUGGUCAUUCCCGACCCCUCCAGUCAUCCUCCAUUUCCUCACCGACGUGGUUCUGAAAACCUAACUACUUGGUUGCUCCUGGGGAUGGUUCAUAUAAGCAGAGGCAGGAUACAUGCUUGAACUUUUUUCCUUUAUUGUCUGGUUUUCAGAAUAAUGAGCUGAUUCCCUACUUAGAGCAUCUCCCAAAGGUGACCAUCGAGGGUGUUGGGCUUUUGUGGGUUUUUUGCUGUCCUCAUGCGAUCAUGGCCUUAAACACAGCUGACGUGUCUGAAUCGCUGCUACCCGUCGGUGCCCAGAUAGACCCACCUCUGGGCCUUGGGUGGUGCUUCGGUUUUGCUUCUGAGUCCUUUCGACGUCAGUCACUCCUCCGUGAGCUCUCUGGUGUGACGGAUGCUCCAGGCUCUUCAUCAUCUCUUGCCCCCGUCCUGGAAUUAGCCAUUUCUCCUGAUUCCUUUCGGUCGAGAGUGGUGUUUAGAAGCUAAAUAAGCCUUCUGGCAUACUCGCUGCUGUCACUGUUUCUAGAUGUUUCCAGUGGGCAGAGAUAGGGCGUCCUGAGUUCACACAGAUCAUUCGAAUUCACAUCCAAUACCUGGGGUUUUUGUUUUUUUCCUUUAAAAAAAAAUUGUGAUAAAAUAUAACACAAGAUUUGCCAUCGUGACCAUUUGACGUGCACCGCUCGUGGUGUUGACACGUUCGCGGUGCCACACGGCCGUCACCGUGUGGUCAGCUUGUGAAACUGAAACCCUGUGCCCAUUAAACCUCAAGUCCCCGUGCCCCUCCCCCAGCCCCGGCAGCCAGCAUCCUUCCGUCCGUCUCUGGGGGUUUGGCUUCUGCAGGGACCUCAUGCAAGUGGAACCUACAGUGUUUGGGUUUUGGGGUCGGGCGCGAUGUCCUCAGGUUCAUCCGCGUGGCCGUGUGGCAGCAUGUGGCAGCACUCCCUUUGCAAGGCUGAGCGCUGUUCGGCUGUGUGACUGGACCACAUUGUGUCUGUGUGUCCAUCUGUUGACAGGCGCCUGCGUUGCCUCCGCGUUUGGCUGCCGCGAGUGCUGGUGCGCGGUUUUUCCCCAUCGAGACCCUGUUCUCAUGUCCCAGGGUCUUUACUCGACCUCGUCAGACUGUUCUCUGAUCUCUCAGGCUGAAAAUCCUAGUUCUCGUGAGUGAUUUAGGUUUUUAGAGAUGACUGUUGUUUUCCAUUCACUUUUUAUUUUGACCCGAUUCCUGAUUUGCAGGAAGGUCACGAGAAUAACACAAAGGAUCCCUGUAGUCCUUUCAGCCAGGUUGUCCCCAGGGUUCAACAUUUUACCGUGCUUGUCUGCCUGUCUGUCCCGUUCCCAACCAUCCGUCCAUCUGUCCAUCCGUGCACCCACCUGUCCUUCCUCCCAUCCACCUGCUUGUGGUCCUCUGCAGACGUGAUGUGCUGGAGCUCUCCUGUGUGUGUUUCCCGAAAGCAGGUACUCUCUUACCUGCCGAACCAGUACCGUUACCGACCUCCAGAAAUUAACGUCCACCCCACACGAUUAUCUAACCGAAGGCCUUACGGCAGCCUCUCUGUUUGUCACAGUGUGCUGUCCUGUAAUUUUUAGCAGAAGAGGGUCCCCGGUCACACGUUACGUUCAGGCGUCCCGUCUCUUCGGUCCGUCUCCUGGAGCGGUUACGACCUGCCUUCGUGUUUCCUGGUGUUGGCGUUCUUGAAGAGUGCACGUCCCUCAGUUUGGGUUUGUCUGAUGUUCCCUCAGGAUGAGAUUCAGGUGAAGAGUGUCACAGGCGUGAUGCUGUGUCCUUUUGUCCCGUGACACGUAUUGUAAAGAGUUCUCGUUAGAACCAAACUUAUUUUUGCAGUCGUCUAAGAUUGCUUGCAUGGGUGCAAAGUCCAGGCACGUUCAGAGAAGUCGGUUUCUCUUCCUGUGCACACCCCCUUCCUUCUUUUCCUCUAUAGAUAACCAGCGUCUUUUGAUUUUACGGCUUAUGCUUCUACCGACUCUUUUGUAGAAACAAACACGUACGUUCUUGACUUCCUCCUUAGAUGAAUGUUAUCCCGUCUCACUUUCCCCCAUUUCCAUUGCCUCCCGGAGGUCCCUCCAGAAUGGUGCCUAGACAGCGUCCCUGUCCCGCGUUACACCUGCUGUGUGGCUUUGGCGGGGUUUAACCGCCCGUGCCCUGGGUGGCGAGUUUCUUUCCUCCGGCCAGGUUCAUAGUUUCAGGUGGUCCUUUGGCCACCCCUGUUGAGCAUCUGGCACAACGUCCUGGGUCGUGUGGGUGGAGGAAUUAAUUGCAGAAAAACUCGGUCGGGUUGGAAUCUGCACGGGAGAGCCCAUCUCUUCCUCCGCUGUUUCUUCCCACUCAGUAGCUGGGGUUGCAGAGCGUGCACGAGAGGACAUACAGCAUCCUUGAGACCCACAGGGUGCUUUGGGUUGCUGCUGGACCGGCCUCUGUGCCCUGGCCCCGCAGGAGGGGUGCUGACGUGGGCUCGGGGGAGCCUGGGUCUGCGGUCGGCACCCACGCUUCUAGUCCUCGAGUCGGCCGCCGGGUAGCGGCCGGCUGUGGACGUUCACCCGUUCACGGCCUCAGCUCCCCCUCUGCAGAACGCCUAAGUGGCCGGUGUUAAAACUCCAUUCAAUUAUCUGUAGUACUUUCUCCCAGAAAGCAGACUAUUGUUCUUUGUGGGGAGGAGGAAAUAGCCCGAGUGUGCAGCGGCUUUCUUGGUUAUGAAAUAUUGAACAGUACAAAUGUUCCUGAGAGAAAAUGACGUAGGGUGGAGACUGUGAGUUGGAAAUGCGUCCCGGCUCGUGACUGGAGGCAGGAGCCUAAAUUUGUUAAAGAAGUGCAUAAGUAAGUUAAAAGCAUCGUGCAUUUGCAUUUAGCCCGAGAUGCAUUUCGGUUGUUACUGCUUUUUAAGCACAAGCACACAGUAAGUGGUCCACAGUUUCUGUGCCUUUCUCCACCUCCUGCUGGGUGUGGGCCCUGGGAAAGGAGAUUCUCUCCGAAAGGGACUUGGGGUGGAAUUUGGCUCUUGGAGGAAAUGCUCCUGGGGCCUCCGGGGUCUGGAGGCUUCCUGGUUGCCAGGUGAAGCCUGAACCUCCCUGACCCGUGCACGGGUUCUGUGUUGAUGCUAAGGCCUGUGGAAUCCUCCCUGGGGGGCCCACCCUGGGGUCUUGAGCCCCCACGGCGUAGGGACUGUGCUCACUGGGCCACCGACACCCACCCAGGACCAGAUGCCUGUGGGUUCCCGGCGGACGCAAAUGGGCAGACGGCAGUUAGCUCAUGCAGAGUGUGGCUGGGCAGAGGACGCCCUUUGCUUCUGAGCCCUGGUGCGCCCCUUCCUGCUCCGAGCCACCGCGGGUCAGCAUGGCUGUCUGUUUCCCGCCUGAGAGGGUUUCACUCCCGUGGCCUGGAGCAUCUCUCUCUGAUGCCUAGACUUCAAGGAAGGGCCCUGGAGGGAAGGGAAGUUUCUGAGCAACCAGUUGGGUGGUUGAGGGCAAGCAAGUGCUUUCUCACCCACAAAGUCCUCUGCCAGCAGGGGCUUUGGGAGCUGCCUGCUGCCUGCUUGCGGUUUGGAGGGGGGCGGGAGUUGUCCAGACAAGGUGAGGCCCCAUUCCAGGCCUACUGGCUGCAGGGCUCGGUGUGGGGUUGGCCACGUGGUGGUGGAUGUGGCCCGCAGAUGUCCAUCUGGGAGUCUGGCGUUUCGUUGGUUGGUUUGACUCUGCUCCUGCCGUUAAAUCGGUGCUGUUCAGUGAAGAGGAAGGCAGAUCCGGAUCCCUUCUACUCCCGGGUCUGGCAGUGUCCUCUGACGGGCACUUUGGAAGAGGACAGAACCGAGCUCCGUGGGAUAUGUUUCGUCAGGAGCCGCGCGAGCUCUGGGAGCCUUCUCGUUGACGCCCCGCAUUCACCCACUGAACACCUCACCUGCUCCCCGGGCGGCGAGGAGGCCGGAGGACGGGAUCCCGCUUACACUGGCAUGCCCGAGCUCCCGCGUGGGGACGGCACCUUGCCUUCCCCGCCCUCUGCCGCCCCCCGGCUGGUCCCCUCCUGCCGAGACCCCCGUGGACGAGGCCACACUGGUCCAGCGGGCCGCCCUGUGACGUGGGCUUGCCCCAACUUUCUUCUCCAGCUCCGUGUGGAACUUCACGUCGCGUCUCCUCUACUGAGCCGGAUUCUCGUGUGACAGAGUGAAGGUGGCCGGCGCCGUGUCUGCGUAUCCCCACAGCUUAGGCUCGUGGUCUAGUGGUUGUGGGUGCUCAGUGCGUAUUUGAACGGACGAGUCUAUGGAUGCAUGAGUCAAUGGGUAGGUGAGUGGGUGGGUGGGUGAGUGGAUGGAUGAGUCAGUGGGUAGGUGGGUGGAUGGAUGGAUGGGCCGAUGAGUGGGUGAGUGGGUGAAUGGGUAGACGGCUGGAGGGUGAGUGAGUGGGUGAGCGGAUAGAUGGAUGGAUGUGUGGGUCUGUGGGUAGGCGGGUGGAUGGAUGAGUGGACAGACAGACUGUUCCUUCCACCGGGCACGCUUCUGCACAUCCUUCCAGGUCCCAGCGGGCACUUACCACAGCUCAGGUCCUCCAGAUACGCCCUUCCCUGCUCUCACCCUGUCUGGUGUUUGGUCCUUAAGCGUGUGUUUUAUAUGUGUCACAUUUGCUCCCUGGUGAGCUCACCCACUCGGAGACUCGGGGCCUGGUCUUGCCUUGUUGGGGGCAGAGUCCCGGCGGCCCCCACCCCAGAGCUGUGCAGGGUGCAGGUGCUUAGAAAAGAGCUCAUUGCUGUGGGGAAGGGCUGGGCAUGGUGGGCUCGGCUGCAGGGCACUAAGUGCUGGUGGGAAAGAGAGAGGGACCAGGGAUGGGCACACACACAUUUUCUGUUUCUGGGUCCGGGGCCCCAGAGCCCAGACCUCGGGCGGCCCCAUGAAGCCACGUCAUCUGUGCCGAGGGGCUGUCGGUUCCUGAAAGACAGCUGCUCUGGGUCAGAACCCUGGAUGAGAUCCCAUUUCUCAUUAUUUUACAUGGAAAGAAUGUUAACCCGCUGAUUGUUCCCCCAAAACCCCAGCUGGUUUCCCAAGAGGGACCUAACCCUGCGGUAGGCCGGUGCCUAAGCAGCCCGGCACGGCAGGUGCCGCCCCCUGAGGGCCAGACAGCACGGUCGCUGAUUCUUGGAGGUUGGUGGCACCCCCGUAAGCGAAGUCCACGUCAGAGACAUCGUGCGGACGGAAGUUGCCCAUCCCGAACGGUGUUUCUCCGGGAGAAGCUGAGGGGGAAGGGAGUUGUCGUGGGCGCUGUUUUGCUGGUCGUUAAACGUGGCGGCGUGCCCUCGGCUUAGAGCCUGGUACCUGGUCACUGUGGGGAGCACGUGGUUCUGCCUUCUAGAAAGGUCCGAGGCGAUGGCCAGCGGGCGAGUGGGGCUGGCAGGCUGUGGGUGGGGAGGGUGCAGGCUGUGGGGCAGGAGGAAGGGUGGGGGCGGAGCCUGGGGCCCCCAGGUGUGCUGCCUCCCACGUGGCCAGCCGGAGCAGCUUUCCCAGCGGUCUCUGUGUUUGCAGGCCCGGCCGGUGGGAAGGAGUUUUAUUUAAGGAUUAUCACUUGAUUUUUAUUUCUGGCUGUGGCUGGGGCUGUCGGAUUCUGUGCCAGGAGGGUUCUACUUUCACACGUUUAAAAAUAGCCUGGAAGCUGGUUCCUUCCUCCCAGUGACUCCCCUGGAGGCUGGGGCGCUGGGUUGGGCCGUGGCCCACGCUGUCGGGGUGUGUGGUGGGCAUGGCCCAGGGCGUCCUCUCUCUGUCCCUCCGAGUCCGGGUGGCCGUGGGCUGGCAGUGGAGGAGGUGCCCGGAGUCCCCGGUCAGCUUGCCGACCCUGCCCGCCUCUCAGGCUCGGGGGGGGUGGGGCGCCUGCUGGACUCUGUGCGCGAGCCCUGCACGGAGGGCCUUACCACACCCUGCUGUUUUCGGGGCUUCACGUCUGUGGCUCAUUUUGCCUUGUCCCUUGGCAAGCAGCGGUCAGCAGUCUCUGUAAGGGGCCCCGAACGCCCCCACUAGAGCAGGACCUGGCUUGUGUGGACCCUUCCGCUGCAAGAAGGGGGCAUUUGGGACGAGGGAGCCAAGGCUUAGAAAGUCCGAGCGUCCCUCAGGGCUCACCACACCCCCGGGCCUCCCCCUGCCCUGAGUCUGCUGCCCAACGGCUGUCACGGGAGUGGGUGGCAUCAUGCCAUGUGCCCGCCGCUCUCAUGGGGGCCCCAUUGGACAGCCGUGCAGGGAGGGAAUUCACGAAUUCUGGGGCAGACUCCUGUCUUCCAGGUGCACCCCCAGGUUCUAGAAGGUCUGGGGAUUCAGACUCCCUCCUCAGGUAGGCAUUUGGGCUCCCACAGCCUCCCCCAGGCUUCCGGCUGCCCCCAGCAUUCUGCUGCAGCACCCCCGUGGCCACACCAGUCCUUGGAAGGGAGCAAAUCACUGUGCUGGGGACCUCACUGUGUGACCCUGGCGGGCCCGGCGGUCUCUAACGAGGCCGCCUUUCCUGCCCCGCAGGGCCCUGACUUGGUGGUCUGAUGUGCCAGGGUGUGGCUCCCGCUCCUGGGGACCCCGCCUGUAACUUAGCCGCUGGUGCCUGUGGACUGGUGGGCAUCUGGUCCCCUGCAAGGGUGGCUCCCACGGCCCGUGAGGCAGGCCGGGUGCGGCCUGCCCCCCACGAAGAGGCAGAGAGGGGCUCCAAACAGCCUGAGAGCAUGCUUCACCAAAAUGGCGCAUAUAGGGCAUGGGCUUGUGGAAGUGUGGGCGACUGGAUGUCCUCUGUGCUGGUACUUCUCACAACGGGACUUCAGAGAGUCAGAGCUCUCGUGGUCAGGGCUGGUGGGGCACUUUUCCAAUCCUGCUUCAGGUGGGGCCCAGAGAGAGGUGGGGAGGAGAUGGGUGGGAGGAGGGGGCUGCUGGGGCCCCUGCAUCUCCUGAGGGCCAUUUGACCCAGGAAAGGGGUCCGUUCUGUGUUUUGUGACCUGUGGAUUCCCGUGGGGCAGGUGGAAGGAGGGACCCGUCCCUCCCUCCCGGGGCCCAGUAGGGCCUCCUUGGACACAGUCUUGUCUCAGGAAGGAAUGCGGGGCGGAAUCCUGGCCCCCAAAAGUGUCUGUGCCCUCAUCACCAGAACCUGCCACCGUGUCACCUUCAUAUAGCCCAAGGGACUUGUAACUGAGUUAAGGAUCCGAGAGGGGGGGCCAUCCUGGUUACCCGGUGUGCCCAGUCUGAUUAAUUACAGCAACUCCCGCGAGAGGGAGACAGAGGGUCAGGGGAGAUGGGACGAUGGAGUCAACGUGAGGUGGUCCCGUGCUGAGACCCGGGAGCCUCGCGCUCUGGCAGCCGAGUGUCCAGGCCCGGGGCCCAGGCUCUGCAGAAGGAAGGCUGGUCGCUGCUGGAAAGACUGUGGUCUGGGCUCUGAGGUCAGAGGGCGUUGGGGUCAGAGGCGGCCCCGAGGGGAGGCUGGGUGGAGUGAGACCGGCUCAGCAGUUGCCACUCAGCCGGAAGGGAGGAGGGAGAAAUCGAUGGCCGUGGGGGGGCGGCGGGGGGCGGGUAGGGUUGUGCUGCUGUGUCCUGUGCCCCGUGCACUGUGAUUGACCUAAAUAUGUCACCAGCUGGGGGGACAGGCCGGAACACCCACCCUCCCUGGGUCUGGUCGGUAUUUCAGGCUCGGGGAGAGAGCCGCGUGGCCUUGCAGGGAGCUGUUCUCUCAGAGAACGGGAGGGAGACGGCCCCAAAUGCCAGUUGGGUUUAUUUAUCCAGACAUCUCUGUGCCGCCAGGAGAGGAGGCGCUGGAAGAGGUGGAUGUCUCUUUUCCGGGAAGGGGGACGGGCAGAUUUGCCUGGCUGUGUCCUAGGGUGUGAAUCUGGGAGCCGCUGCCCCGCACUGGCUGGGGGAGGGGGGGAGGGGCUUUGUGGCGCGGUGGUGAGGGCUGGGGGUGCGUUCGUCUCUGUUCCGCAGGGGGCCCACCUGACCCGGGGAGGCCAGGAGACCGAGGGGCAGUCCGGGGCUGAGGUCCCAGGCCUCCACCCUGGGCAGGCAGGGCAGGGCAGGGCCGAGCCGAGGGGGCUUAACCCCCGAGGGUGUUAAGAGAACCUGGCUCUUGGCUGCCCCGCGUCUCUGAAACCACCUGCGAUGGUGAGUGUGUCUUUUUUUGCUCAGCGCACCAGCGGCUCGUGGGGCGGAAUCUGGGUGUCCACACGUGUCCACGUAGGCUUGGCCCACAGUUGCCACGUGGUGGAACCCAGCCACGUGUUGAGCUUCCGCAGGUUGGCCUCCUGGGGAAGGGAGCUCGGGGGUGGCCACGUUAAGUAAAGUGUGGUUUCCUGCCAAUGAUGCGGGAGGGGCUGGCUGCCUGUGGAUGGGGGAGGCGUCCGCAGCUGCCUUGACCUUCAGACGGAGCUGAGAUACACAGAGGUAUUUGGGGUGCGUGUGGGUGUUAGGAUGGGAAAGCUCAAGAACACCCCAAUCUGGGCACUUGUGAGGUGGCCCCCGGGGUACCUGACUUGGCCAAUGGCCACUCCCCCUGGGGGAGAGGUGCCCUCACCCCUGUCCAGGGCUGUCUGCCCAUAAGCACAUGGUGGACAGGACCCCGUGGAGGCUCACCCUGAGGUUCAUCCACUGGCCGGGCACCUGCUUAGACCAGGCCCGCCGCAGGAGGACCACGCUGCUCCGAAGCGAGUGCCGUGGGAGGAGGCUGGGCAGUGCUGUGUAGGCACAUGGGAGGGCAGGGCUCUCCCACUGCCGGUGUGCAGGCGCCCUCUUGGAAGAGGGUCCCCGGGCCCUACCUGUGUCGGGACCCACCUCCCGAGGGGCCCAAGGGCCAGUGGGGAGCUUUGUCCAGGCCAGCCCCCUGGGGCCAGCGUACACAGAAGAUGUGCUCACAGGGGCCACCUGAUGCCUGCUCUGCCCGGGGUGCGGUUGCUUCAUCACGGCAGUGUUCCCUCUGACGAAGCCUGGUGCAUAAUACGCGCACAGCGGGCAUUUGCUGAGGAAGUUGUGUGCGAGCAGGUGGUCUCUCUGGGCAGCUGGGCUUAGUGUGGGGCCGAGUGGAAGUCUCUGUGGAGGCCGGAGCUCCUGGGCCGAUAACGUGCUAAGCUGUGGGUCCCCGGUCGCCCGAGUACCUCCCAGCCGGUGCCGUGUGUGCCCGGAAACCACAGGUGGGGACUCCCAGUCCUCCUGAGCCCUCAGUGCAGGGCUGGGGAAGGCUGAGGCCUGACGCGUGGGGGCUGGCGGGUCCGCUGCGCAGGGUGAGGAUGUCCCUCGAGUGCCGGAGGCCUCGUGCCAGGGCAGCGGCCCCUCCCCCACCACUGGUGUCCUCGCCGUCGGGCUCCCGGCCAGUCCCGGUGUGUGCAUCCUACAGCUGACACGUCUGCUCCCGCCGCUGGGUGUGCUGCCUGAGAGCUCGCUGGGCUGUCCUUGCUCGCCUGCUGUCCAUUCACCGUGCCUUUCCUGGCUUCUCCUUGGGCCAGGCUGGGCCCUGGGCCUUCACAGACAGUAGACAGACGGGGACUGUGGACUCGAGCCAGGGGAUCCUGCGCGUGAGUGCAGACUUAGAAACGUGGUGUGUUUCUAGCGGUCACGUUUGCUGAGCCUUUAUCUGUGGACCCGCAUCCCCUCGAGGAAUCCCCUCCCAGCACCCUGAGGAGAACCCAUGUUGCCCACGUUCCGGUUAGAGCAAACCCAUGAGGGAAGUGACCAAAUGCCACGUUGAAUGUGUGGGGAGUGGUCAGGGAGGUUGCUCUGGGAGGGGAAAUGGUGCCUUGAGACUGAGUGGCAGGGAGGGGGCCCCAGCAUGUGCGAAGGUCCUGGGGCAGGGUCAGACCGUGGGCCGAUCUCUGAAAGGAGAUCCCUGUGGCUUGGACCCAAAGAGCAAAGCCGAGGGAAGAGCAGUGAGCCACAGCAGGUGAGGCGGAGUGGGGGGCAUCGCUUUGGAGGGAUUUGCUGAGUGGUUGGAUUUUAUCGCAAGCCCCUGCCGACUUUUGGGCAGGACGGCGGCAGGAGUGCCGUGUAGAGGUGAGUUGGAGGAUGCAAGGGGGCCAGUUAGGAACCGUAAACCUGGCUGGCUACCGUGAGCGGGGACACGCGGAUGCCUCGGCAGGGCCGGGGGGGCAGGGCUCCGCUGGGCUUCCCGCAACCCUGGAGGUGGGGCUCUGUGCUCCUGUCACCUGCCUCCCUGGCCCCCUUCCCUUGCUGCCUGGCCCCUGUUGCUGGCUCUGACUCAGAAGUGGCUCUCUGGACCUGGGCAGGGACCACCCUCUCCUCUCCCCUCUGCACGGCCCCCCUUAUGGGGCCUGUUCUGUGUCCAGAUUCAGCGGGUCCAGAGGCCUCAGUCUUUGGGGAGACUUAGCUGUGUGGGGGCCACCCUGCUUCACCCCGGGACUGAGGGGGUCUGCGUGGGAGCUGGGAGGGACCGCUCCCUGUAGCGUUGGCGUGUCCUCUUUCUGUGCGGGAUCUUCUCCCAACAGGCCUCAGUAGUAGGAGGCGCCCGGAGGGGCCGGCGGGUUGCUGGAGGGUGCUGGGCUCAGUUGCCCGGUGCUGGGCGCAGUUGCCCGGAGCCGGGUGGAUCCCAGCGGGGUUAGAUGCACGGGAGGGCCUGGUGCACUGCCCACCGAGCAGGUGGACCCCGGCCCUCACAAACCCGUGUUCUUCGUGAAAUCCGGCGAGCCGCGAACAACCCAGGCAGGAGGUGUGGCCAGGCACCCUCGAGGCGGGAGGGUCUUCUGACCUUGGGCCUCUCGGCCUGCCCGUGUGCCGUCUGGACACAGAGCCCUGCCGUCACGCACUGUCCUGCUGCAAGCCAGUCUGCGCUUGGGGCCUCAGGCUGCCGUGCUGACCUUGGCCUGGAUUUCGGGGGCUCGGGCUCAGCCCUGUGUCCCCAGGUCUGGAGAGGCAGCCAGGACAGGAAAGGAAGCCUCUGGGUCUCCCCCGGUCCCUCCCUGGCCCCCCCUCCCCCCAGGCCAGCAAGGGUCUCACCAUGACUGGCAGCGAGGGGCAGCAGAGGCCUGCACUCCCGCCACUGGUCAGACUCGGGGGGGUCCUGGCUCUUCCCCAGCUCCAGGCCGCACCUCCGAUUUUGGUGAAUUAGUCGGUCACGUUCCUGCGUCUCAGGAAGACCUUUCCAGGACUCGAGCCAAGUGUGGCUUUUCCUGAGUCCACAGGGCUCAGUUCUCCUCGGCGCCGACCCCCCUCACCCACUCACACAUGCCCCACGACGCCCGCCCACCCCUCGGACUCACUCCCUGAACGGGGCUGUUCUCACUGUCCGGGUCCCCAGAGGGCCGGCCUUUGUGUGGCUCACUUCUCUGUCACAAGUGUCCUGGUGCGCGAGGCCACGCGCUGGUCCCGUGAAGAGCGGCGAGAUACCCGUCCGUCAGGGUGACCGCGAGCGCGGGCCUCCCCACCACUCUGUUCCGUCUUGCUCGGGCCCCAGCUCAGGAGACUUGUUUUGUGACUUUAACUGUGGACUAAAAGGGGGAAGUGGGAUCAUCGGCCCCCAGCAGAUGCCUGUGGAGGAGGCUCUUCCCGGGUCUCGGCCUCGGCAGCACCGUCGGCGUGGGGAGCCGUCUCUCUUCGGGACGUGUUCUCUGGGGGGGCUCGUGGCCGGGCCACGGCACGUGUCGGGGGCUGCCGUGGCCGCGUCCCCGUUGCACCUGCCUCUCCCUGCAGGGCGGUCGGGGUGUCUCAUCAGGUGGCUGUGACCUAUUUGGAUGCGGGGAGCCCAGCCCAGCCCCGCGAGGAGACAGGUCUUCUGUCCCUCACACCUGUGUGGUCCGUCUGUCUCCAGCGGGUGGCGACCCCUCUGGGAGACGAUGCAGAGCCUUGAGAAGUGAGGGCUGGUGUCCGGGGGCACAGUGGAGACGGCCGAGCCCCGUGCCAUCGUGGGGCUGUGACGAGAGCAGGUCCACCGCGUGUCCGGCCCAGAAACGAGCGAGCCGUCCCCACCGUGGCUGGGAAAUGCAGGAGCCGAGGGUUCUCAGGGGGACUCUUGCAUUUUGCCGUGAUACGAGACUCGGCACGGCCCUCGAGAGUUGAACCAGUUGCCCACGGCCAGCUGUUGCUCCCCGGGUGUCUGUGGGGGACCCGGUGGGGGAGGCGCUCUGAGCGGGGCAGAGACAGCCGGGGCCCGUGAGCCGCUGUGGACCAAAUGUCUGCAUCCCCCCAGAUUCGUGUGUUGAAGGCCUCGCCCUCAGGGUGGGCGGGGGGGGGGGGGGUUAGAGGUGGGGCCCCUGGGAGGUGGUCAGGGUUAGACAAGGUCACCCGGGUGGGGCCCCCAGCCCCCAGCCCCCAGCAUGGGUUGGCGCCCUUUCUCUGCGUGCCGUGAAGACGUGGUGAGAAGGUGGCUCCCCCCCGGCUCAGCGGGCACCCUGGCCUCAGCCUGCCGGCCUCCGAGCCCUGAGGAACCCGUCUGUUGUCCAGGCCCCACAGCCUGUGCUAUUUCGUCCUGGCUGCCCGAGCUGAGACCUCGUCCUCGUUACACACAGUCUCAGAAGGGGGAGGCCUCACCUGUGCCUAGAAGCUAGCUGGCGGUCACCCCUGGGCACUGGGGGCGGGGCGGAGGCAGAUGGCAGGUGCGGGGGCCUCUGUGGCCCGAAGUGUAUCGGGUCUGGAUCUGGGUGCUCGCGCAGUGAGGCGUGCGUGCGCUUAGGGUCUGUGCACACGUGCGUGUGCGUGCCCCACUCCGUGGGAGUUUCCUCUCGCUGCUGCACCAGAUUUCCACACACCGAGAGGCUGAAAAUAGCGUACUUAUUCUCUUACAAUUCUGGCGGCCAGAAGUCCAAACCGAGGGUCCCACGUUGGCAGGGCCAUGUUCCCCUGGAGGCCCUAGGGGAGAAUCUGUUUCCUCGACUUCACUGGCUUCGAGAAACCGGCGGUCCUUGGCUGCUGGCCCCUUCCGCUACCCUCAAGGCCAGCGGCCUGGCACCUGCCUCUCCUCUCUCUAACCUCUGACUCUCCUGCUGCCUCUUGGGAGUUUACGCGACGGCAGUUUGGGUCUGCCGGGAUAACCGGGAUACUUCCCAUCUCAAGGUCCGCACGUGUAUCACAUCUGCAGGGCUGCUUGGUCCACGAAGGGACAUAGUCCCAGGUGCCAGGAAUCAGGUUGGGACAUCUUUGCGGACCGUCACCCAGCUUACCACAUACUCUAGUUAGAACCACACGUACAUGGUUUCGGCUUCCACCCCUGCCGGGAGACGUCAGGUCCUCAUUCUGGCUCCCAGGGCUCUGCGCGCCCGGCCCCCCAUCUCAUCUGUGACUCCUCCCCUUGGCCCGUGGGCCGCUUCUGCCUCAGGGCCUUUGCAAGGCUGUUCCCGAGCCAAGGGACCUGCGGCCCUGAUGUCCAUCCCCUCCGGGUCCUGGCUGAUGGCAGGAGCUCCCCGCUGGCCCGGCACCCCGGGGGGCGGGAGCCGCCCGUCUGCCCGUCGUAGGGGCUCCGUGCUGUGGCUGCGGCCUCCCGACCACACCUAGCGCACGUGUGCGUCCAGGCGACGUCGGUGGGGUGGCCGGGUGGUCCCCAGGAUCCCUUCCGCUGGGGCAGCCUGUGGGUGCAGUGAUUUGGCGAGCUGCCUUUCCCGCGUCCGGUCCGCACCGGACUCCUCGCCGUGGCUUUGCGCCAGCUCCUGCCCCCACCGCGUGAGAGGAGCCCCGGUUAACAGUCCUGCGGCGUCCCCCGCCCCGUGGCGGAGCGGGAGAGCCGCCGUGGCCCGGCCGCCGCGGGCCGAGCCCUGUGCCCGCGCCCUCCCGUGGUGCGAGGGGCAGGGUGGACCGGGCGAUGGCCACCUGGCAGCUGUCU